AUGACUCCAACAACAGUCCAAGAUGCUCAAGGAGUUGUUGAUGCUCAAAAAGCCCCUCAAGACAGCCCGGGCAUCCUUCGGGCGGCCAAGAGCGGCCUCGAUUCGCCACGCUCAAACACGUCGACCCCGGGCUCCGGGCAACGGGUCCGAAUCUCGGAUACUGUAGCCCAGAUCCCCCCGCGAAGAUACGACCCCGAUCCACUGAUCUUUGAUUUUCCUACCGUACCCUAUGACGAUACAGUAGCCGACGAGGCGGAGAACCAACAGUCAAAUAGUCAUGCUCAUGUCCCGCUGGGAAAGUCGAAAUCGUCGGAACCGAUUGUUGGACAUCCGAGGAAUAUUUACAACUUGAGCAUACGAACCGACGAUCUCUGGCUCGAGCUCGAUGAAGAGGACCUCGACUGCUUCAACGAUGAUUCCUCCCCAAUCUCUCCAAGCGGAAUGCGAAAGCCGGCCAUCGCCCUCGCCCCGCCACCCCCGAAAAGCGCCCCGCCCUGCCCCACUUCGGCUGUCAAAGUAAUCCAAAUCGGCUCGAACUCAAUAAAUGGACGAACAACGCCAAUUUCCAUGAGCAACGGCGGCACCCCGACAAUCCUACGUGAUGAAACCCUGCUCCGACCGUCCGACCUCGACACCAUCCGCCGUCAGGUCCAUCAUUCACUCGAUCAGGCGGCGGCAGCCACAAACGGCGAAGCCCGCCUCCAGCAAUCCCUCUCCACGCCCUGCCAAUCGAAUGAUGGCCUCGCGAGUCCGAGGAAAGACUCGGAAUAUCGCCGAUUUAAGUCGGAGGGCAGUGCAAGCGGGCCCCAUCACCCGGGUGCCGGGCCGGAAAUGGAUGUCGCGAUAACGGAUGAUUUUUCGCCGAUUGCCGACCCGAGAAGUUCCCCACCAACUCGGCUGAAUUUGUUUCAGCAAGACUCCGUCGUGAAUGGCCCGCUCACAAAGCAUUCAAACACCGAACAGGUGAUAAUGAUGCACACGCUGAAGACCAAGCUCAGCAAAUACCAAUCGUUCCUCGACAAAGCCUUCCAACUAAUCGCCCAAAAUUCGGAGGAGCAAAUUGUUGAGGGCUGCAACAUCGUUGGGAAGGUGAUGAACAAGGCGUGGAUGUUUCCGAAGGUCUCCCACGAUCUUUCCUAUGCCCUGUGCGACUAUCUACGCGACCAAAAACACUUCGAGGUGUUGCUCCAAUAUUUCAUCAACCCGAACACGUGCGAGAUGGUGAGACUAGCCUGCGGACGAGUGCUAGAAGAGUGUAUGUCGACCAACAACCGCGACUACAUCGUUGGAAAGAAUCUGCUGAAAAAGAUCGUCAGCAUGGCGGAGAAGCUGAACAAAAACCCCGAUCAGCAGCGAGUGAGCCUGAGCAUUAUGGAGAGCCUGUUUAAGCAUAGUCCGCAGACAUCGUAUCGACUAAUUGAGUACGGGGUUUUGGAUCAUAUUAUUUUGACGUGUAAGCGGUCAACGGAUACUCCAAGGACUUUAAGAAAUGCCGCCCUGGCCUUGGCGAAUUUGUCGUUGUACAGCUGCUCUGAAGGCAAAAAGAAAAUUAUGCAAAAGAAGGUCCCAGAAUGGCUCUUCCUCCUCGCCUCCCAAAUGGACGAUCUAACCCGAUACUACGCCUGUCUGGCCAUCUGCGUUUUUGGCAGCUCCAAAGAAAUGGAGACGGCUGUCAACAAGAGUGGCACCCUCGGUCUCGUAGAGCCAUUCCUGCUCUCCCAUAACGCGUGUACUUUCGCGGAGCAACACUACAAGUACAGCCAGGGGCGGCCCAAGGAGUGGCUCGUACGCCUGAUGCCGAUGCUGCAGUCGAAGUGCCGAGAGGCCCGCUCCAUUGCAGCUUACCACCUCACCAUGGAGGCGACAAUCAAGAAGGACCAGAACAAGCUGGACGUCUUCCAGUUUGUC